UUCUCUAAGUACUUUUAGACAUUGCCUACACAUCGACUUGCCCUCAAAAUGGAGUCUGGCAUGCAAGGAUUUUACAAGGAUAAAAAUGUUUUUAUCACCGGUGCAACAGGAUUCGUGGGCAAAGUUAUAAUCGAAAAACUCUUGCGUUCGACUGAUGUGAAAAGGAUUUACAUACUGAUUAGGGGCAAGCGUGGCAGGAACAUUCGGGAGCGUGUUCUGGCAUGGGAGAAGGAAGCGCUCUUUAAGGGACUGCUGCAAUCGAAGCCAAAAGCCUUUGAGUGUUUAAUGCCCAUCGUUGGAGAUUGCCUGGAGCCGGACCUGGGCAUAAGCGACACAGACCGAAGCCUGCUCUCAGCAGAGGUGCAAAUUGUCAUUCAUGGAGCAGCCACAGUGCGGUUCAACGAGCCGCUGCACGUGGCACUGGCCAUCAACACUCGUGCCACGCGACUCAUGGUGCAGCUGGCCAAGCAAAUGCUGCAACUUGAGGCAUUUGUACACGUCUCCACGGCAUUCUCGAACUGCGUAAUCCAUCACAUCGAGGAGAAGUUCUAUCCCGAACACUUGACUUGUAAUUCCGAGAAGGUUUUGGAAAUGUGUGACCAGCUGAGUGAGGAGCUGACGAACAACAUGACGCCUGCCCUGCUCGGAUCGUAUCCCAAUACCUACACCUACACCAAAGCCCUGGCGGAGGAUGUGAUACUGAGAGAAGGAAGCGAUCUGCCCAUUUCGAUCUUUCGUCCAGCAGUUAUCGGUGCCAGCCACAAGGAGCCCGUUGCUGGAUGGAUCGACAAUCUGUACGGACCCAUUGGCCUGAUCUACGGCGUCGCUCAUGGAGUCUUGCGCAUUGCCAGCAUCAACAAGGAUGCUUCUGCCUGCUUAGUGCCUGUCGACUACUGCGCCAAUGUGGCACUGGCCACUGCUUGGCAGACGUCCAAGAGCAGGAAUCGCCGCGAGAAAGCGGCAGUGCCCGCGGUGUAUACGCUGGCACCCGCGGCACAGAACCCACUCACUUAUAGGGAUUUUCUCAAGUAUUGCCAUAGCUGCCGCGAUCAGUUUCCACUCACCACGAUGAUCUGGUACCCGUUUCUCAAUUGCGUCACAACACCGUGGCUCUAUCAGUUGGCUGCUUUCUUCUACCACACCCUGCCCGGCUAUGUUUUCGAUCUGGCACUGCGUCUCACAAGAAGGAAGCCUCGCCUGGCGGAGGUCUAUCGGAAGAUUCACCACAAUAUGGACAUGUUGAAGCCAUUUACGCACCGAACCUGGCAGUUUGACACCAAAAACACUGAUCGCAUGCGGGAGUUGAUGUCCGCCGAAGAGCGUCGUGUCUACUACUUUGACAUGGGGGCUCUGGAGUGGAAGGAUUACUUCGAAAAUGCACUGCUGGGCAUGCGUCAGUAUCUGGGCAAGGAAGCCAACACACCAGAGUCUAUUGAACAGGCUCAGCGGCUAUUGAAACGCUUGAAGAUGCUGCACCACAGCCUCCAAGUGACAGUCUUUUGUGUGGCAGGAUUCCUGCUCUGGUGGCUACUUAAGCCUUUCUUUUUUUCCAUUUAGUGUUCGUAGAGUAUCCAAUUGGUGUGUUGGAAUAAAUAAAUAUUUACCGUCCCAACGGUCACUUAUUA